UUUGUUUUCUUGGCGAGCGGUUCUGCGGUCGGUGAACGAAAAAAAUAAGCUAAAAUAUUGUUUAUCUGAAAAUUAUGUGUAAUAAUUAAAAAUAAAUGCAAUAUCUAAAAGCAAAUACCAGCAGUGAUAAACAGUGAAAUGUACGCAAAUUAGAAGCAAAGGCCUCAGCUGCUGCUUGUCAAAAAAGUAUCAUCAUUCCUCGCUACUAAGAGAGGUAGUAAAUGAAAAACCUGCCUCUACCUCUGUGUGGGAGUCUAUUCCGAUUAGAAUCUUCUUAAUUCUAGUUGUUUGGGGGACAAGUAAAACAUAAAAGAAGCAAACAACUGAAUAUAGCAAUGUCUAUUUAAGGCCAUGGACUUUGUCAGACUGUGCUUGGAUAAUUAAUUAAAAAACAAUGUUGGAGCCAUCAUUAACACCUGAUCUAGAGGAGGACGUGGUUGACCAUGCUCUGGUUACGGGCCUAUCGGGCAUUAGCAUCGACGACGUUGAUGUCGAUGUGGAUGCAGUGCCCGAACGGAAGCCGCAUUUCUUGGACUAUGAUGCAGUGCCGCCACCCGAAUAUGAUGAUGGCAGCUUUGGAGCCGCUGCCGGUGAGCAGUUGAAAAUGGAUAAGAAAUAUGAGCGGGAUGGCGAGAUAAGUGACUAUGAGCUUGCGGCUAGUGGGUAUACGAAGAAAGAGUUUACCCAGGAUGAUAAUACGUUGCAUUUUAGUCAGACUCCUGUUGGAGUCGGCGGUGGCAAGAAAUCGGCAGCCAAACAUUUUCUAGAUGAGAAUCCCAUUCCGCCGGACUAUAUGCUGGCGCAGGAGUUACGCGAAAUGCGGGAACAUCGCAGUUUGGAUAGGAAUUUCGAGCGGAAAUCGGCCCAGCAACAACAAUUGGAAGAGCUGCCAGCAAGGAAUCCUGGUGGAGGCUCACCAGCCUGUUCAAGUCGAGUAUCGCGUAGCAAGGAGCCAUCGUACACUCUCUCCCGUUUUCUAGACACAAGUGGUGACAAUCCGAAUGGAAGUGCAUCACGAUUGCCCAAAGGAGCCGCCUGGACGAUGAGUUUUGAUGAGCGUUAUGGGGCAGCAAGCUCGGCGGCUGUCGAUGCCACGCUCGGAUCCAAAGUGGAGUGUGUAUAUUCGUUGCUGUCCAUGUUGGGAUCCAAUGACCCUCUGGAGAUGUCCAAGAAGUUCCUAGAGCUGUCGGCAAAUGGCCAAAGUUGUGCCACAUUGCGUCGCUCGGGUUGUAUGCCGCUUCUGGUCCAAAUGAUGCACGCUCCGGACAAUGAGCAGGAGGUCCGCAAAUGCGCUAGCCUUGCCCUUCACAAUGUUGUGCACAGUCAUCCCGAUGAGAAGGCCGGUCGACGUGAGGCCAAAGUUCUGCGUCUACUCGAUCAAAUCAUGGAUUACUGCAGCUUUCUAAAAACUCUACUUCAGAGCGGUGGCGAGGCCAUUGCCGAUGAUUCGGAUCGGCAUCCAUUGGCGGCAAUUUCGUCCCUGAUGAAGGUCAGCUUUGAUGAGGAACAUCGGCAUGCCAUGUGCGAUCUGGGGGCUCUGCAUGCCAUUCCCAAUCUGGUGCAUUUGGAUCACGCUGUGCAUGGACCCAAGCCGGAGGAUCAGUGUUGCAACUCCUUGCGUCGUUACGCCCUAAUGGCCCUGACUAAUCUAACCUUCGGCGACGAGAACAACAAGGCGCUGCUGUGUUCUCAAAAGCAAUUUAUGGAGGCGCUGGUGGCCCAGCUGGACUCGGCCCCUGAUGACUUGUUGCAGGUGACAGCAAGUGUACUCCGGAAUCUCUCCUGGCGGGCUGAUAGCAACAUGAAGGCAGUUCUCAAUGAGAUUGGAACGGUAACAGCUCUCGCCUUGGCGGCCAUGCGAAAUAAGAGUGAGAACACACUGAAGGCCAUUCUGUCGGCUUUGUGGAAUCUCUCGGCUCAUUGCAGUACUAAUAAAGCAGAGUUUUGUGCGGUGGAUGGAGCUCUCUCCUUUCUGGUGGGCAUGUUAAGCUACGAGGGACCGAGCAAGACACUGAAAAUCAUUGAGAAUGCCGGUGGAAUCCUCCGAAACGUCUCCAGCCACAUUGCUGUAUGUGAACCCUAUCGCAAAAUUCUACGAGAACACAAUUGCUUGGCCAUCCUGUUGCAGCAACUGAAGUCGGAGAGUCUUACGGUGGUAAGCAAUUCCUGUGGAACUCUGUGGAAUCUAUCGGCACGCUGUCCAGAGGACCAGAAAUUCCUUUGGGACAAUGGGGCAGUGCCCAUGUUGCGAUCGUUGAUACACUCCAAGCAUGCAAUGAUCUCAGAGGGCAGUUCGUCGGCAUUGAAGAAUCUACUGAACUUUCGGCCUGCCGUCCAAAAUCAACACCAACUCGAUCCCAUUGCCCGAUCCAUGGGAUUGAAACAGUUGCCCACUCUAGAGGCUCGCAAGCAGAAAGCUCUGCAGCAGGAAUUGGGCGAAAGGCAUGCCGAGACUUGUGACAAUUUGGAUACAGGUGGCAAACCCAGCACCAAGGAACGAUCCUCCAGCUCUUCGGUCAGUUCUGCUGCACGUCGUCAUGUUGCGGCUGCUGUGCCCCGUCUGACUCGGUCCGCCAUGUUGACCAAGAGUGAAAGUCGUGAUUCUGUGUACUCGGCAAAAUCCGAUUCAGCCUAUGAACAUCUGAUGCGUUCCGCCUCCGCCUCGGACACUCAACGAAAGGCUCCAGCUAAAAUAUCUACAUUUGAGGACUCGGAGGCCACCGAGGAGCAACCCAUUGAUUACUCGGUCAAGUACAACGAAAGUCAUGGCAAAGCAUCAACAUCAACAUCAUAUCAGGAAACCGAUCUGGAUCAGCCGACAGACUUUAGUCUGCGAUAUGCUGAGAAUCAAAUCGAAUUGGCGGCUACCGCUGGAACUGAUGAUGCAGCUGUCCAAGAACCGGCUAAAGCCGAAAUUCUUUUAAUAUUGGACGACAGUGUGAAAUGCUAUCAGACAGAGGAUACACCUUAUGUGAUCUCAAAUGCGGCCUCUGUGACGGAUCUUCGAUUAGCCGUAAAGCCAGACUUAGAUGCCCCCGCUGCAGAGGAGGUGAAACCGACGGAGGCGACACCCUUGGUGGGCACCAGCAGCACCACUACCACGGUAGCCUCCGCAAAGAAGCCAACAAAACAAUCGCAAUGCGGAUCGGGCUCGUAUACACCCGAAAAGCCCAUCAAUUACUGCGAGGAAGGCACUCCAGGUUACUUCAGUCGGUACGAUUCGCUUAGUAGCCUGGAUGAAGCAGGCAAAGCAGCAGCUAUGGGCACAGAGAUGAAGUCGAAACCCGGGAAACUAGACGAGGAAGAGGAGGCGGCGGCAGCGGUGACGAUUGAUUCGCCGCAGCUGGUUAAACCUCCCCUCGUUGGAACAUCUGUCUUGCAGGCCAAUUCGGCACUGGAAACCCCGUUGAUGUUUUCUCGGCGCAGUUCCAUGGAUUCACUGGUCCAUGAAGUGGAUGUAGAUGGCGACGUGGCCAAUUGUGAUGAUAAGAGCUCAGUGGUUAGUGAUUUUAGCCGUCUGGCUAGUGGCGUCAUAUCGCCCUCUGAGUUGCCCGACUCACCCACACAGAGUAUGCCACAAUCGCCGCGACGAAAUAGUGAGAAUUCGGCAACUGCAGCCGGAUUAGCUACAAAGUCUGAGUGCAGUAAUCAGCAGCAGCAGUCGCCGGCCAAUCCGUCAGUGCGUCCCCUGCGUAGUGUAUUUGAGGAUGACUUGAGUAGCUUCAAUGUGGAGCAUACCCCAGCACAAUUCUCCACAGCCACUAGCCUAAGUAAUCUCAGUAUUGUGGACGAUGAACCAGAGACAAUGCCUGGCGAGGAGGAUGAAAUGCUGCUGGCCAAUUGCAUCAAUAUGGGUAUGCAAAGGAAACCGACCACUGCAGAGCCCCAAUCUGCAAGUAGAGAGGAAACCACACGCAACUAUUGCACAGAGGAUACUCCCGCCCAGCUAUCAAAGGUGGGCAGUAAUACAAAUCUCUCGGCCAUUUCCAUCAAUUCGACUGAGAUGAAGGAUGCCCUAGCUGCUGUUGGUGGCAAUCAAGCUGCCAGAAGUUCUCUCAAUUUAUCGGAUGAUGUCUCGUCCAAUGCCUCGGAUUGUGUGGCUGGAGGACAUCUCCUUGAGCAGUGUAUACGCGAUGGCAUGCUGCAGAAGGUGGCACCACCCCCCAUUACAAAGCAGCCGGAAGAUCCCAUUGCCAUGAUGAGACGCGGUGGCAAUGUCUUGCCGGGCUUCUUGCCCUCUCGCGAUGAGAUGAGCAAGUAUUUGGUGGAGGAUAGCCCCUGCAAUUUUUCUGUUGCCUCUGGCCUAUCCAAUCUGACAGUCGGUUCGAGUCUAGUUGGCCCCGCCGUGCAAUUGGAAGAGGCAACAACUGCUUCAAUUGAUCCUGCAGCCGGGGCGACAAAGGCAACACCUUUUAAGGAGGAGCAAGUUCAAAGGCCACCACACUGGCAAGAUGAUUCGUUGAGUUCCCUAUCCAUUGACUCGGAGGAUGAUACCAAUUUGCUGAGUCAGGCUAUUGCCGCUGGCUGCAAUAGACCAAAAUCGAAUCUUGGCUUCAGCUCGAAUAGCAAGCGUUCCAGCUCGCUUACUUCAUCGCAGCCGAUAGCCAUUAAUGCCGCCACCUCUGCGUCCUCUCUGAACUCGGCCAUGACUGCACGCAAGCAUCAGCAGGAAUCCUACAGCUCUGUGGACUCCAGUGACUCAAACGAUAAUCAGUCAAAGUCUCUCUUUGAACUGUGCAUUCUCAAGGGCAUGUACAAGACUAAGGAGCCAGCAGCGCAUCAGCAGCAGCAGCAACAGCAGCAUCAUCAUGUGCUCCCUAAUCUCAAGCAGUUUGACUCGUUGCCAGUACAAUUACCCGCAGCAACUGUUGGUGGUGGUGGUCAAAGUAAACGACAACGACAUCAUCAUCAUCAUCAUCACCAUCAUAGGGAUCGCGAGCGCAAGGAUGAGAAACUAUUACAGGAGUGCAUUAAUACGGGCAUCUCGAAGAAGAGCUCUAAUGCCUUGCCAAAAAACGUUCAGGCUACGUCUGCAGCUGCAUUGGAACCGUGUCACCCAAUGGCGGCUACUACAUCAGCAAGUGCCAGCAGCACAGCAGUAGCAGCAGCUCCAGACGUAGAUCAGAAAGCGCACGCCACACGCCCCAACUCCAAGCCGAACAGCCUCAAUCUCAAUCCGCAGAGGUCUUCGUCGCCCGACGUCAUCGACACAGACGUAGCAAAAAGUCCACAUCCAAAUCAAGAGAACGGGAACGGGAACGCGAUCGCGAUAGAUCACGAGACCGCUACUGGGUAUAGAGAAUUUGAAUCGGAUCGUUCCAGUGAUGAGUCAUUUAUAAUGGACACCAUGGUGAGGUUGGACAGCACUGCCACGACCAGUGUUAGCUGCAAUUCUGCUCCAAGCAUUGCAAGCAAUGACAAGCAUAAGGAUCCAGAUUUAAUGUUGAAAUCCGUGGAGCGACUGACCAUGGAAUUUGUUACAUCGGCUGAGCAAUUGCGCGGUCAGAAUAAUAAUAGCAGCAGCAACAACAACAAUACCAAUACCAAUACUUGGAAUGAUCAAACUUGUCCCAAUGAUGUAACCUUUCCGACUAUCAGUCAAACGGCACCCGUCUUGGCUUCCCUAAGCCUUGACGAUGACGAUGCAACAGAAGCCGACCUGGCUGAUACCUCGAAUUCGAUUAACUUUCAUGUGGGCGGGCAGGUUCAGAGUGCUGCCGUCAGCAUGGAGGCACAGAGACUGCUUUUCAAUGGCACCAGCUCUUCCAUUAUGAGCAAUUCAACUAUGAUUGCUUUUGAGGCGCGUGCCCUGGCCGAGAAUCUGCAACAAUUGCAGGCGGAAGACGAUAAUCUGGAAAGAACCUUUAGCAUCAAUAGUCUUGAUCUGGACAAUGUGCGUCCGCCGUCGGGCAUGGAGUCGCUGAAUAGUUGCUAUCAGGAACACUCACAGCCAAGUUCAUUGCGUCAGCAAUUGCCAAGCAAAUCACCGCGUUUUGCCCGCAAAGUAUUCCCCGCCAAUCUGGUGGCAAGAAGAGCUUUGGGACAUCUGACCGGCAGUGCUGAGAGUGUCAAUUCCAGUUGCAAUCUAUUGGACAACAUUAAGCCGCCAUCCCUGAUGGAUGAAUUGCUGGACUCAAUGAUUAGUGUGGAUAGCAUCCAGUCGGAAGUGGCUGAUGGGGAGCAAGACUGUAGUAUGGCCACCACCAUAUCAGUUUCCAACUAUGAGACUGCCGCUUGUGACGAUCAAACUCUUACGGUGCUCCAGAGUUGUAUGGACGAUGAGGAUGCCACAAUAAAUGAUUUCAGUUCGGCCGAGUCGACGCCCAAGCAGGGAUCCACACCAUCUCCCAAUCGCCGAGCUCUAACACCAAAACAGAAACGUCGCCUGGAUAAGGAUCGCUACAAAACAUACACCAUAGCCACUAGGAACGAGUUGGAAUUGGAAGCUGCCGAGAUUAACGAGACUUUGCAAAUUGAGAUUGUGGAGGUGGAACCUCCUGCUCCUCCUCCUUCUAUACCAGCAGCCACACCCUCACCACGCCUCGGGGGUAGGCGACGAGGAAGCUCUGAACGAUACAAGACACAGGUCAUAGAAUAUCCACGUCAGCUCGUCGACAAUGGAGAAGCCGAUGGAGAUGCUUCAAUACGCGUCAUGAUGCAGCAAUUCACCUACAUUACAGAUAUCAAUAUUGGUCCAAGCUCAAUGGAGGAUACAGAGAUCAUGAUGGGUGAACACUUGGAAUGCGAUCAGAAUUCUGAGACGGAAUCCUGCCACGGACAAGAGCGGCAAACGGAAUUGGAACAAUUGCCUGCAGUUGUGGAGCCUGUGAAACCAAAGCCUACGAUUUUAGAGCCAGCUACAGCCGUAAAGUUGGUGAGAGGUCGUAAGAAACCAGCCUACAUAUCGCCCUAUAGCCAACGGAACACCACCAGUGCUGCUCCACCCAAAAAGAAGACACUGUCUCCAACUAUAGCCAAACGCAGUGUGGUUUCCAGUGUUGGUGGUGCAACUCGUGUGUCGCCGCAAAAAAAGAAAGCCACACCUCCUCCAACAGUGGCCACCGCUGCUCCGCCGCCAACACCGCCACGUCUUGAACGGCAAGGUACGUUUGUCAAAGAUGAGCCCACAAAUCUGAAUGGCCAAGUGCCCGUGGUUGAUCCCAUUCCCGUGAACACAAGUCCCAGUCAUCGUGUGUCCAAACUGCCGACAAAAAGGAUAGCAGGAGCCACAGCUACAGCAACAACAUCAACAGGCACGGCCACAGCCAGAGUAACCGGUUCACCAAAGCGUGGUACGGUCCCAGCGCGACGGGUCGUCACCCCCCAGCGGGCUAAUACGAACAUAAGGCUUGCUAGUGCCAAGUCAGCCGCGUCGGCCACAAAUCGAGGAUCUUCAACGACGCCGCCAUCGCGGAGCAAUUCCAAUUUAAAUGGCGGAAGUGUAGCUGCUGUAUCAGCUGCUAGAAUCAAUCAAGCACAAAGUCGCAUUGCCAAUAUCUGGAAGCGAGUAGAUGAUGCCAAAACGAAGCAAUCCCAGUCCAAUCUGAGGACACAGAAAACGAAUUCUUCCAAUACGCUCAACGGAACGGGGGCAAAGCCAACGCUGCUGCGCAGCUCUACAUUUGAUAGUACACCAGAGCCAGGUGCGGCUUCAGCUCCAGCUUCUGCAGGAAAUCCCAAGUCCAGGCUUCCUGUUGUGGGCGCACGAAAAUAGAGAUUGAGAUUGUAUUUUACAUGCAUUUUAUGGAAUAAUGGAAAAGCGCACACAUUCAGUUUUUGAGUCCCUCCCCCAAAAAGAAAAAACCCAAAAUGAAUCAAAAAAGGAAGGUUUUUUUUCGU